CUGGACUUGUAGGAGCUGUCGGGAUUAUUCGGGACGCCAGACUCCAGGUCUCUCCUCCACCUCUGCGCACUGAGAGACGCGCUUUCCCUGUGCGUAAAAGGAGCCGCACGGAUGAUGCGGUUUGCGCUGCGGGAAGCGACGCGCACACUCAGAGAUGGGCAGCCUGGCCGGACCUCCACCUAGCCGGUGUCGGGGGAAACGUUGCGCGCGCUCCGCGGUGGUCCUGCCCGUCGUGGCGGCUCUGCUCCACCUCUGCGCCGCCUUCAACCUGGACGCAGAGACGCGCGUCGUCUUCUCCGGACCGACGGGGAGCUACUUCGGUUAUUCGGUGGAGUUCUUCGGCAACGCGUCCAGUAUCGGCGUUUUGAUCGGCGCUCCGAAAGCAAACAGCAGCCAGCCCGAUGUGACGGAGGGGGGGGCGGUGUUCUCCUGUCCCUGGAGCCGGGCCGACUGCAGCGCCGUCCACUUCGACACGCAAGGUGAUCGGUACUUUUAUAUAAAUGAUGUGAACACUCAGGUUGAGUUCAAGUCCCACCAGUGGUUCGGAGCGACUGUGCGUUCCCAUGGCAACAGCAUCCUGGCCUGUGCUCCGCGGUAUUACUGGAGGACCGAACACGACACACCCUUCGCCGACCUCACGGGGUCCUGCUACCUCUCUGUGGACGGCCUCAAGACGUUUGUGGAGUACGCGCCAUGCCGAACAGAACGACACGGACCUGCCGGACAGGGCUAUUGUCAGGGGGGAUUUAGUGCUGACUUCACCAAGGACGGGAGAGUUGUGCUUGGAGGACCGGGCAGCUUUUACUGGCAAGGCCAGCUGAUCUCAGCCACCACGGAGGAGAUCGUGAAGGCCUACUAUCCGGCGUACUUUCUGCUGUCGGUCGCCGGGCAGAUUCAGACCUCGCAGGUCCAGGGCACGUUCGACGACAGUUACCUGGGUUACUCUGUGGCUGCGGGAGAGUUCAGUGGGGAUGAUGAGGAAGACUUCAUCACAGGAGUUCCCAAAGGACUCAUGCUGUAUGGUUUAGUGUCCAUACUAGACGGCAAGGAUCUGAAGUCUCUGCUCAACCUGACGGGAGAGCAGAUGGGGUCUUACUUCGGCUACGCGGUGGCGGCCACCGACAUCAACAGCGACGGGCUGGAUGACCUGGUGGUGGGAGCUCCCAUGUUCAUGCGUCGCGGGUCUCAAGGGCGUCUGGAGGAGCUGGGUAAGGUCUACGUGUACCUGCAGAGGGGUCCUCUCCUGCUGGACCAGAGCCCGUCCCCCCUGCUCGGGCCGCAGGCCUUCAGCCGCUUCGGCUCCUCCCUGGCUCCGCUGGGCGAUCUCAACCAGGACGGCUUCAACGACAUGGCCAUCGGCUGUCCGUACGGAGGGGACGACCAGCAGGGGCUGGUCUUCAUCUAUAACGGCCAUGCCGGAGGACUCUGGGACACGCCCACUCAGUCUCUGUCGGGCCAGUGGGCUUCCAGCGCUUUCCCGGCCGGGUUUGGCUUCGCUCUGCGGGGAAACAGAGAUGUGGAUCAAAACGGGUACCCAGAUCUGAUCGUCGGGGCGUUCGGUGCAGAUAAAGCUGUUCUAUACAGAGCUCGGCCCAUCGUGAGCGCCAGCGCCUUGCUCACGGUGCAGCCCACCAUGUUCAACCAGGAGGAGAAGACCUGUUUGCUGAAUUCAGGCAAUGAAACCCUUCCUGUGUCUUGUGUCAGCAUCAGUUUCUGCCUGCUGGCUGGUGGGAAGCACCUCCCAUCUCAUCUAGGCAUCGUGGUGGAGGUGCAGCUGGACAGUGUGAAGCAGCACCAGGAGUCCGUCAGGAGGACGCUGUUCAUGGAGAGCCAGCAGCCCGGCCUGGUGAAGACCCUCAGCCUGGCCAACGGGGAGCGUCAGUGCCACGACGCCAAGGUCUAUCUGAGGGCCGAGGACGAGUUUCGGGAUAAACUGUCGCCGAUUUACAUCAGCCUGAACUUCAGCCUGGACGGCCGGGCGGCGCUGGACAGCCACGGCCUGAAACCCGUCCUCAACUACCAGACGCAGCAGCUCGUCCAGCAGAAGGCCCAGAUUCAGCUCGAUUGCGGAGAGGACAACAUCUGCGUCCCUGACCUGCAGCUGGCUGUUUACGGCGACAGGACGGAGGUCUACCUGGGCGACGAAAACUCUCUGAGCCUCACCUUCAACGCCCGGAACGAAGGAGAGGGAGGGGCGUACGAGGCCGAGCUGUACGUGGCGCUUCCUGCCGAGGCCGACUACAGCGGGAUCGCACGCAACAACGCGAGUCUGAGCCAGCUGACAUGCACCUACGAGGCAGAGAACCAGACCCGCUAUCUGGUGUGCGAUCUGGGAAACCCCAUGAAGUCUGGUACCAGUUUAUGGGCAGGCCUUCGGUUCACGGUUCCCAGACUGAGGGAUGUUCACAGCACUGUCCAGUUUGAGCUUCAGAUACGAAGUAAAAACGUGAAUAACUCCGAGAGCGCGGUGGUGCUGUACGAGCUGGAGGUGGCGGCCGUGGCGGACGUCGUCCUGCAGGGUGUUUCCCGACCUGACAAGGCGGUUUUCCCUCCUCCCAACUGGACGGCUCGGCAGAGCCUGGUGGAGGAGCAGGACGUGGGCCCGGAGCUGCAGCAGGUCUACGAGCUGGUGAACGACGGUCCCAGCACGGUGCUCGCCUCCACGCUGGAGCUGCGGUGUCCUCUGAAGGCUCACGGCUUCGAGCUGCUGUACCCGGUGCAGACGGAGACCGAGGGGCCGCUCCGCUGCUCCUCCACCACCACCUUCAACGCACUCAAGCUCAAGCUUCGGUCGCCAACGGCAGAGGAUCCCGCCUCACUGACGUCCAGCGGCGAGCACCACAUCCAGAGGAGGGAGGCGCCCAGGGACCCGCUGGCAGCUCAGGGAAACCUGACCUGCAGUGGUGCAGUGGAGUGCUGGCAGCUGCGGUGCGACGUGGGGCUGCUGGGCAGAGGAGACAGGGUCAUCCUCAGCGUCCGAUCUCGACUGUGGGCGGAAACCUUCAUGGAGCGGGCUCAUAAGCAGUACACCCUCGAGUGCUUUGCUCAGUACAAAGUGGAGAAGAUGCCAUAUUCAAUUCCUCCCAAGUUCAAGCCAUCGGGAUCCAAAAAGGUGGAGACGGCGGUGGUGUGGACCAAACCUGACAGUCACCUGUCUGUCCCCCUGUGGAUCAUCGUCCUGGCUGUGCUGGCUGGGCUGCUGCUACUGGCCCUGCUCAUAUAUCUGCUGUACAAGAUGGGCUUCUUUAAAAGAUCAGACCCGUAUGGCACCACCAUGGAGAAGGCCCAGCUCAAACCCCAGGCGUCCUCUGAAGCUUAGAUCCCAGACGAUCUGUCCCCGACAACUGGAAGCGCCGUCUCACUCCCGGACAAAUAUCGGAAACGUUCUCCGACGAGCUGGCGACCCACAGCGAUGGGUGCUGUAUCACUGGAAGACACCAUGUCUGGUGCUGCACUAAGACCAAACAGCAGAACAGAGGACUGGGUUUGAUGUGCACUGCUGUUUGUGGACGAUGCGUUGUACAAUCAGAGCUUUCUCAAGAAGCUCGUCUCCGUGGGGAUUUUCCACCGACAGCACUCAAACCUGCCUCCAGCCGAAGGCAGUGGAGCUACAGUAUUCCUUCAUGUUUGCAGUCCCUGUGUUGGAUGUUUCCGGAAACUCUGUGGGAUCAAUACACCACUUGUUAUUUAUGGCACAGUGUUUUCCGAUGGAUUGUUGAAUGUUGUACUGUACUGUCUGCAGG